AUGGCCGACACAGACGAAGCUGCCAUUCACCUUCCAUCGCAUGACUCCGCGGCACACAUCGACACGGACUUGUCCGAUGAGACGCAGGACUUUCGCAUGCUGAGCAAUCUUUCCUUCCUCGCAGAUACGUCGCAAGCUACUCUCCCCAAACGCGGUGAGAAGGACUUCGAACCGAACCCAACCCUCUACCAAGCCGAUAUCCUAGAUGCCUCACGUCAGGCUAUGCACAAUGCCCUUGCACAUCCGCGGUUACACAACCCAAAGAACCAGAUCAUUGGCAUCUACGCGCCCGAUGGACCUACUCCGCCUCGAUCAUUAGCUACGCCGAAAACACUAGACACCAUUGCAGAGAAUGAUACCCCAGCACAUACCGCCGAGGCGGACGAAAGUCAGUCUAAAAAGCCCACAGGAACUGGGACAAACGUCCAUCCGGAUUCCUGCGUCUACGUAACGAACCCGAAGGGGCAGUUUUUCAAAAAUAUGGGGCGCGCAGAUCGAUGGGGUCGGAUCUGGCUUCUGCCGGAGGAAGCUUUAUAUAUGCUUGAGAGAGGCAGUCUGGAUGUUAGGUGGCCGCGGUCAGCAACGGGAUGUGAGGAUGAUGGUGAGACGGAGGACUCUGGGAUCCCAAUGAGUUUGCAGGCUGCGUAUGCGUGUUUCAUUGGACAUGGGGGUUUGACGAUCGAUCGGUUUUCUGUUUACUCCGGAUUGAGGAGGUUGGGUUACACACUUAUCCGAGCUCCUGGGUGGUAUGAUGAGGCGGAGGAAGAGCUCGAGGACCCCGAAUCAACCAAGCCACAAGGUCCUGGUCUGGCGGGAAUCUAUGGGCGGUUUAUGAACUGGCUGCAUAGCUCUAAUACCACGGCUGUAGGGCCUGUUGCUGGCCUUGGGGUCCAUCGCAAUUACAAUAAUAUCUACCGCAAGCUUUCGAUAAUUCCUUUCUACGAUCCUACAGCUCCUUUAUCCAAAGCCCCGCAGACGAAACCGCCAUUCCGCGUUGUAUUCUAUGUCUACAAGCCAUCUACUCCAUUCCGCAAAUCUGCCCCUCCUGCACCGGACUUCAGAGUUGCUGUCGUCAAUGCUCGCACGCAAACUACAGUGCCAACGUUAGCUCAACUCGGCACCCUCCUUGAGAGCACACCCCUGGAUCCGCCAAAAGGCGAGAAGAUGGAAAGAAUGCUCUACAUGCGACUCCGACAUGGAUACCGGAACGUUGUCUUGGCGGUUGUUGACCAAGGCGUUGUAAGCUACCUCCGGGUCGCCGAUGCAGCGUUCGGAAAGGAAAAACUAUAUAAUAGACCUGCUCCUUCCGGGAACAAACGGGGUGCGAACCCUCGCAAACCCCGGCCGAAGCCCAAGGGCCGGUGA